GAGCAGAAAACCAUUUAUAUUCCGUUCCCAGGGAUAUCCAAAUACCUAAGUAUGACCGCCUAUCCCAUCAAUGAGGUAUAGCCAAUCGUUUUGGAACCCCAGUCUUCCCGCACUAUGCAAACCACGUAACCACUCGAAGACCCUUCACCCUCGCACCUCUCCGCAACCACCAAUCUCAAACCUCCCAAUCAGCUAAAAAUCCAUCCACCACCUCGAACAACAAAUUUUACCAAACGGCAACCUUCACAUAAAACGCACAAAUUCCAUCUCAGGCCGCUGCAGCAACAAUGGCCACGUUAGACCCAUCCUCCAUCCUCGCCACCCUCCAAACCUGGUACACUAACCUAACAUCCAAUCUCUCCAACUCCCUCUCUUCCCUGACACUGCGCGACUACAUCCGCCUCGUCUGGAUAAUAGGCGGCUACCUCUUCCUGCGCCCGUACAUAGAUGCGGGGUUCCGCAAGCUCCUCAACACUAACAUGGAUAAAGCCGACGCGGAGGAGAAAGAACGGGAACGAGCGGAGGUGGAGGCUGCGAAUGCGGGUUCGGCCGGCGCGAAGGCGAAGAUCUCCGCGAAUGCGCUGAGGGGCGCGCUGGGUGUGGGGAGUGAUAGUGAGGAGAACGAGGAGGAAGGAGGAGAAAACGGGACGGGAAGGGUGGUGAAGCCGUCGGGUGUGCCGCAGUGGGGGAAGAGUGCGAGGCGGAGACAGAAGAGGGUGUUGAGGCAGCUUGAGGAGGCGGGGGAGAGACUGAGGGAAGAUGAAGAUGAUAAUGAUAUUGCUGAUUUGCUGGAGGAUUGA